AUGUCCUUCACCUUUGAAGUACCGCUUACACUCCCUCAUGAAUGUAUCCGCCCAUCUGAUAUCCCCGCUUCGCAUUCUGAUUUGACGACUGAGUGCGGGAUCAAGGCUAUAAGGAUGCCUACCGAAGAAGAUGCAGUUAUUACCGUGAUGUAUGGGCUAAGUGUAAUUCCUGAUACCCUUACCAUGGAAGAAGCCCAGGUAGAAAUGGGGAUACAGAUGCGGAUGCCAGCAUCGAUAGCGAGAAUAGCUCUCCACGAUGAUAUCGAAAAUGCUGAGUAG